GGAUAAAUUCAUAAGAAACAAAUGUCAAGCUUCGUUGGUGGUUGCGGCAACUACAACAACGGAGAAACAAAACACUAAAGUAUCCGGGAGAAUCAAAGGGUUUUGUGGAAGAUAUGAGGUUUGUGGCGAUGAGAUUGCACACAAAAGAUCAGGCUAAGAAAGAGAGAAAGAAUUAUAAAUCUCCGGAGGAAGGUCCGGUGGCUAAAUGGGAGCCAACAGUGAAAGGAUACUUUACAGUUUCUUAUGGACGAUCGACCGCAAAUAGUGGCCACAUCGAAGUUGCCUCGAGGGGUUUCUCAAAGCUUUCGGAGGUUAUUGACAUAAGCUCGGCUGCGCAUGGCGUUUCUCUCCAGAAAACUCGCAGCUGGGACGAAGGGGUUUCCUCCAAAUUCUUCAACACACCAUUGACAGAUAUCUUCAAGGGGAAGAAAGUCAUCAUGACAUCAUCUGUGGACUUUCUUUGAGAAAAUGUGUAUCCCUUCAUCUUCCUUUAUUUCUUGAUCAUGUUUACAUGCUAGAACAAAUGAUUUAAUGUUAU